AUGUCGGCUACCCCAAUGCAAGUUCCGCUUAUUCCCUUUCUCACUCUACAAUCUCUGCUUUUCUCGGGGGUGCCGCACGCAUGGCCAUUAGAGAUGUUCUGUGCGCAGGUUCUCGAAAUUCCCGAGUUAUCUGAAGCACCUGUCCGAGUACUCACGACACUGUUCCAUUGUGGCUCCGAAUCGAACGUCGUCCAGAUGCUCGGGGUUGGCGUUCUCCUCAAUAAACCUAAACCGGCCAUGGACACCGUCAAAGCCAGCACAAACGUAGAGACAUUGCGUGAACAGUGCGAACCUCGUGAUUCUUUCCUGUACAACCACAACGAGAGCCGCCCGAAAUACUCAAGCUCAAGAACAUCGCUGAAAUGUGCCGAUACUACACCGGGCAUUCGGGCGAAUACUCGCUUCUCGGAGCCAAUUGUCGUUGGGUUUGCUACGUUUUUACUCGAAUGCUUACGGGAAUCCCGCCCAUGCUACGGAGGUACCUGGCUUCCGUCUGGAACCGAUCGGCCCACAGCAGAUGUUCGUGCCGCUCAGCUCGCGAAAUCCCAUUACUUGAAGGACAAACAUUCUGCUUGUUGCGGAAGACAAUAUUUAGUUUAUCCGAAUUUGGGAUCUCUGGCCAAGACCACUAUGGGUUGGACUUCGAUUGCCAUAGCCAACUCUAGCCAAACCAUCAGCAAUCAAAGCCCGCAAUGUACAGAACAAGACGUCUUAUAUCGCACUCGUUCUUUGCCCGAGUCGGUCUGGCAGCGAUCUGGUACUGGAAUUGGCCUCGUAACUUCCCUUCGAGAAAAUUCCCCUGGUGCCACAGUGUCUAAAAAUUCAGCUCUCUCAAACUCAACCCCAUCGCGGUCAGAACCUGGGACGCAGAAUCCAAUAGAUCGCAAUGCCACCCAGAUCCCUCAGCCAUUGUCCGCAUCUAACAAUAUUGCUAAUCCGCCAGAGCAUCAGCACACUACGACGCCGCCUGCCAAGAAUGUUGUUUCGCAGUCCAGCGGAGAUGUAUCCGUCACUUCUCAUUGCUCAGGUUGUCAAUGUGCAGGUCAUGCGCACUCUCAAAUCAUGUCUAGCACACCUCAAAAUGGUCCAGAGCCACAUUCAUCCAUACCUGAUUCGAAGGCAGGCAACGCCUUGGACUUGAGUUCACGGGUUUCUUCCAUGAAUAUAGGGUCGGACACAUCUGCCCUGCGAGCUGGGUAUGGACAAUCUACAACUGAUGAGUGUACCUCAGCUACAAGGGGCCGAGUAGUACCAACGCACCGACCAUCCCUCGAUGCUCAGGUUGUGGCUCUCAAGGGAGCAUAUCUUCUCAUCCACUACCACCACCCAGUAUAUCAGGCCCAGCGGUGCCAGGUCCAGUUCGGAAUUCGUUUCAUUCUGUGCACUCGAUGCCAUCAGAACGCAUACACCCUGGCAUUCAUCAACGUGCUGUUCAAUAUGCCACCAGUCCAAAUCCAACACAACUGUUCCAGUCGACACGCACAAUGCUCACCUCGCGCUGAUCUUCGUAAUAAUUCAUCAUCUUCACCUGCCCCUCGUAUGGCGAGAAUUCCUGAUGGCGCUAAUCGCUUCGACACACGGUCAACACUACCCUCAACAUCCAUGCUCUACUUCCGUACUCUCAUCGGCGAAUGGUCCUACGUGCUGCACUGUACAUCAGCACAGAGCAUCAUCGAUAUGGUGGACGCUCGGGAAUGUCAUCAUAUUCAUAACUGCUCACCAACGGUCGUCUCUGCCCCAUCGCGCCCAGUAUCUCGCAACCAUCCCUCGUAUAUUAGGGCCCCUUCACAUUCAUCUCGUGAAGUGCCCCCUACGCCUACUCAUCACGUCGCCCAAGGAAGCUAUCAAGCUACUCGCGCGGCCCUAAUCCUCCGUUUCCGCGAAACUCAGCGAACAGAAGUAGCACCAGUACUCCAAGCACCUCACACUCAUCCGCACGCUUUGCCUUUGCCUCUAGAGUGCAAUGCCAACAUACUGGGAGAUCACUACCGCUCUGCCCCUCCUACGGGUAGUCUGUACAAUAUCCCCGAAGGCCCUUCACAAGUAGGGCUCAAUGAUAAUUGGGAUGCUUCGAGCGAGUCAUGGGUCCCCAUAAAUGAACCUAUGGAUAUCAAUAUCUCCGCUCAGUAUGGGGUCCAACCUGCGCUUUCCAAUCCUGUGCAACCAUCACCUUUGCCAAAUCCACUGCUCACACAAACUUUGGCUACACGCUUACUCAACGUCCUGGGCCACUUUCCAAGAGUCGUAUAUGCCAAACGAAGUACCCGUGAAUUCGCACCCGUGGUUGGAACAACCCACAAGACGACGGUGGACUCAAGAAAACACAACCAGACCGAGGGCAUAUUCACUGGCACCGGUAUCACCUGGUGUACCAAUGCCAGACCAUCAUAA